AUGGCUUCCAAUGCGAGCAUGUUGGCCAUGAUCAUGGCGUGCGCGCUCCUUCUCACCGGCAGCACGUGCGACGCUGCUCGCAACCUGGCCGACACGACCCCGGCGGCUGGCGCUCCCGCUUGGAGGGGCGGGCCCGGAGUCGCCGCCGUGCCCGCGGACACGCUCGCCCUGAUGCCACCCAUGCCGUCGGUCACCCUCCCCACCGUGCCGCAGGUGACCCUGCCGCCCAUGCCGGCCAUCGUCGUGCCCAAGGCGGUGCUACCACCGAUGCCCAAGGUCACCCUCCCCACAGUGACGAUGGCGCCGAUGCCCGCGAUUGUCGUGCCCAAGGUGACGCUGCCGCCCUUGCCAUUCGUCCCGAAUGUGAACGUGCCUAUGCCGUUUGCGGCGCCACCCCCGUCGGCGUAGACGCGCCCACG